AUGGCCAGAAUAGCGGCGAGCUUGAUGAAAGAGUCCACCUGUGCACCCAAAAAGACGCCUAUUGAGGCUUGGGAAAGACCAAGGCCGGAGUAUCCGCCCCAGCAACCUUUCUUCGCCCGAACCGGUCAGAUUCAAGGGCCGAGAGGAGGAAAAAAGGGCGAUGGAACGCGUGAUUUUUCUCCGUGUCAGUUCAAGAGGCUUAUACCGCUCGGGGCAACGCUUUCGCAGAUUGCCGACCAAAUAAAUCCCUUCGCCUGCCUAACCCGGCAGUGGAGCUGGAAGCGAGCGGGAAGCGGGAGGUGGGAAACAGAGGCUAGGGAACCGGCAUCACCCCAGCAGAUGGCUCUCACCGAGAUUGUGGAGUAG